AUAGUAUCACUUCGCUAGUUUAGUAAUGCUGUGACGUAAAACAAAUAUGUAAUAGUAGUAGAGAACAUUUAACUGUGGCAAUUAUCUUUAUUCGUCUCAUGUAACAGAAGCACACAAUACUGAAUAAAUGAACAAAGCGAAGUAGUCAAAACGAGGCGAUUACUUAGACAUAAAUUAACUUUUUGACAUUAUUUCAAAGUGAAAAAUAAAAUUUUAAAAAUGUUUUACAAACGGGAACUUCUGAUUAACGACUCGCACGGACUAAAUUUUAUAUAAAGAUAGUAUUCCACUACACCUAGUAUUGAGAAUGCUUUUCUUUUUAAUUUAAUUACUAUUGAGAUCAGCACGACCCCAAAAUGGGAAAAUGCCGAACAGAUUCGAAACGGAUUCUACAUGUUUAAAAACCUUGUGUGAAGGUAAUAAUCACCAAGAAAACACUAAAUAUGAAGAAAAUGUUUUGAGUAUUUGCUCUGACAUGUUCAAUUUGAAGAUUUCCUCUUCUGAAGAUGAAAAUGUCUCAGUCUCAGAUAAAUGUGAUGUGUGUGUUGUGGUAUUUACGAGUCCAGUUAAUGCUAAGCAACAUUUUGAAGGUAAGAAACACAAGAAAAAAGUUGAAAGUCAAUCUGAAGCAAUCUUUCCAAACAGGACACCUGAAAAUCCUUUCGCUGACUGUCAAACACCGGUAAACUUACCUGUAAAUAACGAAUAUAAAUGUGAUGUAUGUAACGUGGCAUUUACUAGCCAUGUUAUUGCUAAGCAACAUUUUGAAGGUAAGAGACAUCAGAAAAAUGUUAAAAGCCAACCUAUAGCAGUCGUUUCAAACAGUCUACCUGAUAAUUAUUCCCAAGGUUUUCACACCCAGGAAAAUAUGCCUGUAAUAAAUCAAGACAAAUGCGAGUUGUGUGAUGUCAAAUUUACAAGUGCCACUCAAACUGCCGAUCAUUUGAAAGGUAAAAUUCACAUGAAAAAUUUUAAUACAGUGUCUGCUCUUAGAAAGAAUAUUAAAUUAGAGUGUGAUAUAUGUGGUGUUGUAUUUGCUGGAAUAGUUGAUGCUGAUGCACACUUUACUGGUCGGAAACAUCUAAGAGCUACUGAAAACAGAACUAUCUUACCGAGAUUAAUUGCUGAGUUAGCUUCUCCUCAGAAACUUCCCUCUGUUGCAGCUGAAAAUCACCAAGUUGGAGAUAAGUGCGAGAUAUGUGAUGUAGUGUUUACUAGUAGAAUUAUUGCUAAGCAACAUUUUGAAGGUAAGAAACACAAGAAAAAAGUUUUAAAUGAAUCAGUCAAUUCAAAAGCUACACUUGAAACUUCUGGUGUUUUCACUCCAACAGAUAUAUCUUCAAAAAAUCAACAUAAAUGUGAUGCAUGUAAUGUAGUUUUAGCAAGUGCUGCUAAUGCUACCAAUCAUUUGAAAUGCGAAAAUCAUUUGGAAACUAUCUCUAAUGAUUUCGUUCGUCAUUCUACUGGCAAAGAAUUCAAUAUUAACGACAAUUACAACAAAAGCUAUUCAAAGAAUAUUUAAGAAAGAAAUACAAGAUAUUGUUAAUCAUAUAUGUGAAAUGUUUAGGAAAUAAUAUCAGUUGAUGCAUAAAUGUUGAUAAAACACAGAUGUAUUGAUACAUGAAAAUGUUGACAAAGUAUAGAUAUUGAUACUUAAAAUGUUGACAAAAUAGUUCUUACAUUAUGUUGACAAACAGAUAUUAAUAUGCAGAAUUUCGAUAAAAUAACAUUAGUGAUGUUGAUUGAAAUUAUGAUAUUGGCCCACAAAUUUGGGAUAUUGAUACAAAGUGCUGACAAAAUAGUGAUGAUGACAUAUUGGUCAAUAGAGAUAUUGACCCAUGGUAUGUGGGCAAAUAGUAUUAAAGGUAGUUCUGAUUCAUGGAAUGUGGGAAAACAGUGAUAUUAACAUGAAAUAUUCUCAGAAUAAUAAUAUUGAAAAGAUUAUUAUUGCAUUCUGUUGGUUUAUUAAUGCUGGAUGUACUGGUUCCAAUAUGGAGUUUCAUCAUUGUCUCAGUCCUUUGUUGUUUAACACAUAGAAGAAUGGAUUAAACCACUGAUAUUUGUUCUUGUUGCAUAUUUUGUGAUGUUGCUUUGUUGCUGGAUGCCUCUUCUUAUCACCAAGCUUUUGAAAUAAAAAUAUUUCAUAAAACUCA